UCUCCGUGAUGUCGGAUGAGGGCAGAUUUAGAAUUAGAAUAAAUGCUACCUAUGCUGCUAAAUAUGAAGAAAAGAAGAGAAAGGAAGAAUUGAGCAGACUGAAAGACAAAUAUGGGGAAAUUCCAGAAGAAAGCGAGUCAAGUUCAUCUGAAUCAGAAGAUGAAGUGGCCAUGGGAGUUACUGCUCAGAACAAUCAAGACUUUCUAAGAACUCUUUCUCUUAUCAAAGCCAACGACACUCGAAUCAGAGAUCCAUCAUACAAAUUUUACCAAUCAGAAUCAGAGAGCAUCGAAGAUGGUCAUUCAGAUAGUGCAUCUGAAACGAAGAAAAAGCCAUUGUAUCUGAGAGAUUAUGAACGUAAGAGACUGGAAGAGAAAGGAAGUUUGGCGUUUGUGAGCAGUGACGAAGAGGACGAGCAUCAAUCACACAAGCAAGCAUCUCAUCUUGUUUAUGACAAAGAACAAAGAGAACUACGAGAAAGCUUAAAGCAAUCAAUUGCUGAAGUAGAAAGUGAAGAGGAAGGUGACGAGCCGCUGCUGCAAGUUAGAAGGAAAACAGUUGAUGAACAGGAGAAAGAAGAUGAAGAUUAUAUUCAGUGGUUGGGAGGAAAGGAAGCAUCGAAACUAAAGAAACGGGAAGCUGAAGACAUGAAUGCUCUCCGACGGUAUUGGACUGAUCCAAAUCUCAAUGAGAACGAACGGUUUCUUAGAGAUUACAUCCUACAUAAAGGUCAUAUCGACAAAGAAGCUAACAGAAUUCCAUCGUAUGAUGAAUUGGUGUGUGAUCAUCAUGACGAUGAGGAUGAGGACGAAGUUGAGAAACAGGAAGAGUUUGAACGGAAGUAUAAUUUCAGAUUUGAAGAGCCGGGCGCUGCAACGAUUGUCUCUCAUCCUCGUAUCAUCACAGACUCAGUUAGACAUCAAGACGACUCAAGGAAAAUCAAGAGAAAGAAAAGGUUGUCUCGUAAAGCAAAGGAGAAAGAAGAGAAAAGAGAAGAACUGAAACGACUGAAGAAUCUAAAACGAAAGGAAAUAGAAGAGAAACUGGAAAAACUAAAAGAGACAACUGGCAAUGCAACAGUUGGUUUUGAGGCCGAAGACAUUGAACGAGACUUCGACCCUGAUGAGUAUGAUGAGAUGAUGCAGUCAGCAUUUAAUGAAGAUUUCUACAGUCAUGCUGAUGAACUACAUGAGAAGCCCGUGUUCAGUGAUGAACGAUGGGGUGAUAUGGAGCAGGGAAAUGAUGAAGACUGGGAUGAAUGGCAAGGCAACGAUCACGAUGCACAUGUUGAUGAUCCUGAUUUUAACAUGGAUGCUGACUUUGAUCCGGUAACCACAAUUGACAUGGAUGCUGGUUCACUGCAGGAAAUUGAUAAGGCAACAACCGGGUAUAAAAAAAGCAAGAAGAGUAGGUUUAGUGAAGCAGUGAGGAGGAAGAAACCUACAUUUAAUCCAGAUGAGAAGAAGUUUGAAGAAUAUUUUGAGGAAUUUUACCAACUUGAUUAUGAAGACAUUGUUGCUGGUCAGCCGUGUCGGUUCAAGUAUCGUAAAGUAACACCAAAUGAUUUUGGAUUGUCAAUAGAAGAGAUGCUCACUUGUGAAAAGCAAGAGUUGAAUCGAUGGGCGUCGCUCAAGAGAGUUGUACAAUACAAGACUGACCAGGAAGAAGCUCGUGACGUCAAAAAGUACAAGCGGAAAGGAUCAAACUGUGAAAAGAAACUGCAGCUGCUACCAAGUCUCCAACAAGCAGCAGCCGGAGGCGACAAAAGUUUGACGUCCAAUAAACACGAAACGCACACCAAAAUGAGUCGGAAAGACAAGAAGCAGCAGCAACAAAUAGAGAAAAAAAAGAGACGCAAAACGAGGCAGCAGGGAGACCAGGUGGGCGUGUCACACAAAAUCUCUCACUCUAGACUAACAUCAUACGGGUUACAUGCUAAGAAAUUUAAACGUUCGACGUAG